CGGAAGCUGCCGGGGGCGGGGUUAGUCGGCGGUGACGCCGGUUGUAAGAUGGCGGCGGUGGCCGGGCGGGUUUCACUCCUCUGGGCGCUGGGACUCCACGUUCCGGGACGCAGAGGCGCGUGGACGCGACCGCUGCUCGCUGUCAGCCUUGCUCGCCGCUCAUCAUGCUGGGAUCUCCCCGGCUCCUUGGCAGUGACUCGCCACCUGGCUACUGCACCUCAGGGAGACAAAGCGAAGACGGGCCCCUCGAAGCCCGGGCCAGUUUCCUGGAAGUCCUUGGCACUCACAUUUGCGAUUGGUGGAGCUUUAUUGGCAGGAAUGAAAUACUUCAAGAAAAAAAAGGAAGAAAUGCUGGAGAAAGAACAGAAGCGAGCUCUUGGGAAGCCAUUGCUGGGAGGCCCUUUCUCACUUGUGGAUCACCAGGGACAGCCCAGGACCAACAGGGACUUCCUGGGCCAGUGGGUGUUAAUCUACUUCGGCUUCACGCACUGCCCUGAUAUCUGUCCAGAGGAAUUGGAGAAAAUGAUUCUAGCGGUGGAUGAAAUUGACCAGAUCCCAUCUCUGCCAAAUGUGACCCCCCUCUUCAUUACCAUUGACCCAGAGAGGGACACUGGAGAAGCCGUUGCCAGAUACGUUAAAGAGUUUUCUCCCAAACUGAUUGGACUGACUGGUACCAAAGAGCAGAUUGAGCAGGUGGCCAGAGCCUAUCGUGUGUAUUACAGCUCAGGCCCCAAGGAUGAAGACAAUGACUACAUAAUGAUGGCUUUCAAGCUGUUUAAAACAAGAAGUGAUAGAAAUGUAUCUUCGCUGGUAACAGGUGAACUGAGUGGUCAGCUAGAGGAAAAGGAAAGCAUAUUGUUCCAGCUAUCCAGAAGCAAGCAGGCCCUUACUCAGCAACCAGAGGAACUGAGGAGGCAGCUAGAGGAAGAGACCAAGGCUAAGAAUGCACUGGCCCACGCCUUGCAGUCCACUUGCCAUGACUGUGACUUGCUCCACAAGCAAUAUGAGGAGGAGCAGGAAGCCAAGGGUGAGCUGCAACAUGCCCUCAACAGUGAAGUUGCCCAGUGGAGAAUCAAAUACGAGACAGAUGCCAUUCGGCACACAGAGGAACUGGAAGAGGCCACGAAAAAAGUAGCUCAGUGCCUGCAAGAAGCUGAGGAGCAAGCUGAAGCUGUGAAUUCUAAAUGUGCUUCUCUGGAAAAAACUAAGCAGAGGUUCCAAGACGAAGUGGAGAACCUGAUGAUUGAUGUUGAGAGAGAAAAUUCACUGGCAGCUGCUCUUGACGAGAAACAGAGGUUUUUUGACAAGGUUCUGGCUGAGUGGAAGGCAAAGUAUGAGGAGAGCCAGUCUGAGCUGGAAGCUUCCUUAAAAGAAACAUGGUCACUAAGCAAAGAACUUUUCAAAAUGAAAAAUGCCUAUGAGGAAACCUUGGAUCAGCUUGAAACAAUCAAACGAGAAAACAAGAAUUUACAGCGUAAGUGGUUUUCUUUGGGCGGCUUGUUUCCUUUUCAUAUUCCUGUUAGAACAAUGAUAAUGCACAAUACAUAAGAGACAUUCAGUAUAAUACUUUGCACUUCUGAUGCCAUUUGUGGACAAGGAUCUCAGAGCCCUUACAGAGCCCCAUUUUAACGCAGAGAAGUUAAAAUAACUCUCCCAAGGUCACAGAGCAAGUCUGGACAGAAUCAGGAAUAUAAAGCAGAAACCCUGGCUUUCAGUUAUAUUCUUUAGUGCUAGAUCUUCAAUGAGAGUUAGGCACAUAGGCUUUUUUGAAAAUCCUAUUAGGUUCUGUAUUGUUUGUUCUAUAUUAUCUGUAUUGUUAGGCACCCAAAUACCUUUGAAAAUCUGGCCCUUAGCCAUAAGACCUACUGUAGCCAGGAUACAGUGCCAUGGAAGCCUAGAAAUACUGAGAUUUUUCCUGUCCAGUCCAUACCCCCAAAAUGUCUACAUGCCCACUGGCCCAUCAGGUAUCUUGCUGCGGUGCCAGAAAUCCUGGCAAUAGAAAGCAGUACUCAAGAAUCUGACCUGAUGUCACUAGCAACUCAGCUUUUUGAAAGUUGCAGAAGUGAUGCUAACAAAUAUUAAGAAGUACAAUGUUGUCAAACUAGUGGGAUAAACAGACUCCAUCAUUAAAAUUCCCUCCAGCCUGUGGAUAGGAUGGAGCUAUCUAAAGCUUCACUGAGGCAUUUGUCCUAACUCUUUUGAUGUCCCUAGUCUGUAUUAGCUGUACAUUCUGCAGCUUUAUCUAUUUUAUUUUCCCAUGUGUAUCUGUAUAAGGGAUACACAGUCACUCAGUCACUUGAGCUACAUUUUAGAGCUUCUCACUUUUCUCUGGCUCAGUUUCACUUUAUACCAUACAGAAAUACAGAGCAGAAACAAAGCCUUGAGGCUAAAGCAGAAGAUGGAAGGGGAUCUGAAUGAAAUGGAGAUCCAGCUGAGCCAUGCCAGCCCCCAGGCUGCAGAGGCACAGAAGCACUUCCAGAACAUCCAAGAAGUGCUCAAGGACAUGCAACUGCACUUGGAUGAUGCUCUCCGAGGCCAAGACGACCUAAAGGAGCAGGUGGCCAUGGCUGAGCGCAGAGCUAACUUGAUUCAGGGUGAAACUGAGGAGCUGAGGACAGCUUUGGAACAGUCAGAGAGGAGCAGGAAAGUGGCUGAACAGGAGCUCAUGGACACCACUGAGCGUGUGCAGCUCCUGCAUACCCAGAACACCAUCCUUAUGAAUACAAAGAAGAAACUGGAAACCGAUAUUGCCCAAAUCCAAAGUGAGGUGGAGGAGGCCAUUUAAGAGGCAAGAAAUGCUGAAGAGAAGGCAAAUAAGGCAAUCACAGAUGAAGCCAUGAUGGCAGAGGAGCUGAAGAAGGAGCAGGACACCAAAACUCACCUGGAGAGGAUGAAGAAGAACCUGGACCAGAUGGUGAAGGAUCUGUAGCUCUGUCUGGAGGAGGCAGAGCAGCUGGCACUGAAGGGUGGCAAGAAGCAGCUUCAGAAGCUGGAGCUGAAGGCUGGUGGUGAAGAAUAUAAUUUCAACCUCUGCCUCCUGUAGUAGAGUUGGUGCCUAAUUUCUCAAUUACUUCCCUAGAUCCAAGAGCUUGAGUUCGAGCUGGAAGGAGAACUGAAACGAGGGCAUUCGGCAAUAUGAACGGCGCAUCAAGGCAGGUGCAAAAGUGAAAAUCCACCUGAAGUGUUUUUUUCUCAUCAAAAGCGUAAAGGUAACCUGGCGUGGUCUCUUUUCAAUAGGGUGAAGAGGACAAAAAGAAUGUGCUGAGGUUACAGGACUUGGUGGAUAAAUUUCAGUUGAAAGUCAAAUCCUACAAGAGACAAGUUGAGGAGUCUGUGUGUCAUUUAACAGGAACAAACUUUCAUUUACAAUUUGCUGAGAUGCCCACUUCAGCUCUGAUACUGGAUCCCAGGAUGUCACUUCUCCUUGGGCUUAUAGUUCCUUUUGUGUUUUGGUUACAGGAUGCACAAGUCAAUGUUCACCUCUUCAAAUUUAGGAAAGUACAGCAUGAGCUGGAGGGGGCUGAGGAACGAGCAGAUAUUGCUGAGUCUCCGGUCAAUAUGCUUAGAGCUAGCGAACCGAGAAGUUACCUCCAUGAAGGGUCCAGUGCCCAGCAGUGUCUUAGCAGAAGUGUAGAGGUUGAGACGUUUUGCCGGCAGGAUUACCAUGCCAACAUUUCUGCUUGUUUUAUGCCAAGAUUCCUGGUAGCUCUAAUUUUACAGGGAGAGCAGCAGAAAUGCUGCUGCAAUCUGAGGCUGUGUAUUCCUCUUCACACUCUCCAUAGGGGAACUGGAGGGCAAAGAAAUCUCUCCAGGCAUGCCCUACUAAUGUUGACAGCAUGGCAGACAGCAGCAUUUGCAAGCUGAAAAUCCCACAGGGAAUGUUUUUAGAAAAUAAUUAAUGUACCAGCUAAGCCAGAAGCAGUACAAAAUCUGGCCAGCGUCUCAGAGUUUCACUGGAAACCUUGGAAGGUUCUGCUCUGUUUUCGGUGAUGUUUUAGUAAAUGCCAAUAAAGGGGUUGAUGCUGUCCCA